AUGGAGAGCAUUUUCCAGUAUCAAAGUGAAUCGAGUGAUACAGAAACAUAUGAAAUAGAAGACGAAAGCGUUCAAAGUGUAACAGCAAAAGUUGAACCAACGUUCACUCAAAAGCCAAAAAGGAAAGCGUCAACUAGCGAAACAGUGUGCCUUGCUUCAGAGUGUUCAACAUCCACUCCGUAUUUUACGGUUGAUAAAAACCGGAGAGCGAAGGAUAAAACCUUUAAAGAAAUUAAAGGCACGGCUUCUGAAGUAUCCGAAUCGCAACUAUCUAUUACUAAAUUACUUAGUCUUCCAAGCCGAAUUCGUUCAGCAUUGGACAAUGAACAUGAAUCUAUUAACAUAGUAAGGUCUAAUUCCAUUCCGAGACGACAAAUAGCAUCUCUUCCAAAAGAACACACCAAGGGUGUGAAUUCUUUAUUAUGGUGUGGCUCCUUUGGACAGGUAUUGGCUUCCGCAUCUAUGGAUUGCACGGUCAGAAUUUGGGAUAUUUUUAGAUCAAGGAAGUGUGUUCGAGUUAUAAAACAUGAUGGUGCUGUGAAGGAUAUUCGGUGGAAUAUUAGCUUUAAUAAUAUACUUUCUGGUGGAUAUGAUAAAGUCGCAAAAUUAUCUGAUAUUGAAACUGGAUCCACUAUACAGACAUUCCCUCAUCCACAAAUUGUUACUACCCUUCGUUAUCACCCUACACAACCGAAUAUUUUCGUAUCAGGAAUGAUACAAGACGGAAUACGAUCUUGGGAUUUGCGUACAAAUAAAGUUAUUAAAGAAUCUAGAAAAUUUAUGGGCAGCGUUAAUGACAUUGAAUUUUUCCCCAAUGGAAAUAAUAUUCUUACUUGUUCUGACUAUGUGGUCAGAAAUGCGUCUGAUAAAAAUAUUAUGGUUUGGGAAAUUGACUCUAUGACAACAAUCUCUAAUCAAAUAUAUCAAGAAGCAUUUUCCUGUACUGCUCUUCGAUUUCACCCUUUUCGUAAACAUUUUGUUGCUCAAUCUAAUGGAAAUUAUAUUGCCAUUUUUGGCGGUGAAAAACCGUGGAAAUUAGAUAAGAGAAAGCGGUUUGAGGGUCAUCUUGUGAACGGUCAUCCUAUUCGUUGUAACUUUUCACCAGAACCUGACCAAGGUAGAUUUUUAGCUUCAGGUGAUGCAAAUGGUAGUAUAUUCUUUUAUGAAUGGCCAACAUCAAAAAUUGUAAAAACGAUAGAAGGCGCACAUUUGGGAGCUUGUAUUGAUGUAUGUUGGCAUCCUUUGUUGAAUGGGGUUGUUGCAAGCUGCGGUUGGGAUGGGAAGGUAGCACUAUGGGGUGUUAAUACAUUCUCAUUGUAG